UCGAAACACAUGCCUGGAGAUGGUUAAGUCAUGCAAGAGUCUGUCUAGGGCGAGAGAGAUUCACGUCCAAAUUAUUCCACUCGUUGCUCCCGAUGACGUUUUUAUGCAUAACAUGCUAAUCCAGAUGUAUGGCAAGUGUGGUGCUCCUGAUGAAGCUCGCCAAGUUUUUAAUGCCAUCACUUCUAGAAACACAUUCUCAUGGGCUUUGAUGCUCGCUGCUUACUCCAAAAGCAGCAAAAUGGAGCAUGCCAAGCAGCUGUUUGAUGAGAUCCCACACCGCAACCUGGUGUCGUGGACAACGCUGUUGAGCGCUUAUGCCCAUCAAGGGGAUCUUGAGCAAGCUAAAGACUUAUUUGAGAGAAUGCCGGAAAGGGAUCUCGUUUCUUGGAACACAAUGUUAAAUGCCUAUGGAUCAAGCAGAAACAUUGAAGCAGCAAAGACAAUUUUUUCUCAUAUGCAAGAAAAAGAUCUUGUGUCGUGGACGGCGAUGCUUACUGCAAAUGCCGCCGUUGGUCUUUUCGAAGAAGCUGAGCAAGUGUUUAAGAAAAUGCCUGAAUGGGAUUUUAUAUCGUGUACGUGCAUGCUUGUUGGGUUUUCUCAGAGCGGAAAAGUUGGUGAUGCAAAAGAUCUAUUUGAUCAAAUGCCCGAGAGGGAUAUUGUGUGCUGGACCGCAAUGUUAUGUGCAUAUACCCAAAACGGGCAUAGCUCUCAGGCAAAACAAAUUUACGACUCCAUGCCUGAAAGGAACCUUGUGUCGUGGAAUGCAAUGCUAGGCCUGUACAGAGAUCUGGGAGAGGUGGAGAAGGUGGAGUUUGUAUUUUCGGAGAUGAAAGAGAGAGAUCUAGUUUCGUGGACUUGUAUGGUUUCUGUUUAUGCUCAAAGCGGGCAUCUAGCUCUUGCCAAGGGAGCUUUUGACAAGCUGAAAGAGAGAAACCUGGUGGUGCUUACGAUCAUGCUGGCUGCAUUUGCAGAGAAUGGUGAUAUCGAGCAAGCAAAGCAAAUGUUUGAAUCCAUGCCGGAGCACAAUCUCGUGUCUUCUACUGCGAUGAUCGCUGGCUUUGCUUUGCAAGGAGAAGUUGACAAUGCAAAGGGAGUUUUCGAUGGCAUGCAAGAGACCAACAUUGUUUCAUGGACGUCGAUGCUCUCAGCGUAUGCCCAGAGCGGAUUGAUGAACAAAACCAAGAGGAUGUUUGAUCGGAUGCCCGAGCACAACCUUGUGUCUUUGACUGUGAUGCUCGGAUCUUAUGCUCACAACGGGCACCUCGAGGAGGCCCGGAGGAUCUUUGACGACAUCAAAGUACACGAGAGAGAUAUCGUGCUUUCAAAUGCGAUGCUAGCCGGGUAUGCAUACAACGGGUAUGUGGAGGAGGCCAAAGUGAUCUACGACACCAUCGAGACGAAAAACAGUGUCUCUUUCAGCGCGAUUGUGGCGGCUUACUCGCUAAACGGGCAUCUGGAGGCAGCAAAGAUGAUCUUCGAUGGCUUGGAAGGACGAGACGCAAUGGUGUGGACUUCGAUCCUUUCGGCAUACGCUCAUGCCGGCCAUCUCGCAGAAGCGAGACGCAUUUUUAAUGGGAUGCUCGAACACGACUCGGUCUCGUGGAAUGCAAUUCUCGUGGCUUAUGCUCAAAACGGACAGUCGACCGAAGCGCUGGAGCUCUUCCAAAACAUGCACAGCUCGGCUUGCAAACCGGACGAAGUGUCUUUCAUUUGCAUCUUGGUUGCUUGCAGCCGGCUCGGGGAAGUUCACGCGAGCUGGUCGUGCUUUGUGUCGAUGAGCAUCGAUUUUGGGAUCCGAGCAAAGAAGCUCCACUUCUGCUGCAUGGUGGAUGUUCUUGGGAGGGGAGGAUACUUGGGCGAUGCCCAAGACCUCGUUGCAAGCAUGCCGUUUGUUCCUGACGUUUGGGACUGGAGAUCGCUGCUGGGGGCAUGUAGGCUGCACCGAGAGGAUCACACCGCUGUCGGUUUUAAUGCCACGAGGGGAAUUCUCGCGUUAGAUUCGAGAAACGCGCCAGCUUAUGUUCUUCUUGCCAGCAUCUACUUCAACAACAACAACAAUAGUGACAAGAACAAAGAGGUCUCUGUCAACAAGGAUUGAGAAUUAUACGAAAAACCUGUGAAUAUUACGUAAAACUA